AUGACCAUAAUCGCAGCGGUGCUUUGCAUUGGGGCCAGACUCUGCUAUGGAGCUAAGCCGCUGCCGGCGGCACAAGACGACUUCUUCGACUUGCUUCCGAUCGAGUACCCAUUCCCUGCACCGGAGGUUGAUGUUGACCCAGUGGCAGGACGCCUUCUGGCAGCAUGCCGAAGUGUCCAGGAUCUCGCGUUGCUGGCAAUAGCCGCAUCCCAGCUGCACAGUUUCAACGUAAGGCCAGACGGUUCUUAUGAUCUGACAGUGCCACAGUUCGACAUGGACCUACAAGAUGAAGAAGUGUCCGCACUGCUGGGCACUUGUCUGCACCUCUUCGAGCGCUACGCCUGGCUGGCUGCAGUAAACCUCGAGGCGAAGCUUUGGUGUGUAGGAAUAUGCCCAGCCCUCCCACAAGCAGUUCUUAGAAGAUCCGAUGCCUUCUGCCACGCUGAAGCUUUGUGUGAUGAUCACGACGACAAAGAUCGUCUCGAGAUUGCUGAGGUUGCUGCCCGGUCAUCUGCGCGUAUGUGUCACGUUGUGACUGGGUUCUGCAAGUCUUUGAAAGAGCCUGCAGCUGGAGUAGCCAGUCUGUCCAGCUCCGUCAAAAGAGCCGCCGACGAAAUCCACAUAUUUCUUGAUCAUGCUUUUCACAGUCUUUCGUUCUUGCCAAGGGGGCUGCUUGCCGUGCAGCCCUUCGGGCAGAUACUGGAGCACAGCUCCCAAACAUUUCUGCACGUUCCAGUAGCGGGCUUGCGCUGGAACGUGCUUCUGCACCUUCUGUCAAGUUUCAGCACCGAAGAUCGUUCCCGAGGACUUCGUGUAGCUGAAAUCGGUGUUGAGAAAGGGAUGACCGCAACCUUUCUUCUGAAGCACGAUCAAGCGAUCACGGACUAUUAUGCGGUGGACCCCUGGCAUGUCCCAGGCAAGUCCCAAGAAAGCAACGACGUACUGCAGUCCUACUAUGACAAUCUCGAGGCCUGGUCUGCGGCUGAGCCAUCUUUCCAGCGCAACGGCCGCAGGGCCGUCCACAUCUUGCGACACGGCUCGGAGGAAGCAGCUGGCCAACUUGGCGUUGACUACUUUGAUAUGGUCUUUAUUGAUGCGGAGCAUACCUUUGAAGCUGUUCGCAGAGAUAUUCAGGUAUGGAAGCGUCGCGUGAGACCAGGAGGUAUCUUAGCUGGGCACGACUUCUCCCUCUUCCACCCUGGGGUCUCCUUGGCUGUUCUUGUUGAGUGCGGAGCGAUGAGCGAUGACACUGGUCGCUUCCCGCUGCAGUCGGAGCAGGGCAAACCCAUCAUCCAUCUUUCUGCAGACUCUGUCUGGUGGGUCCGGCGGAUGUAG